ACAUAGCAGAGGUCACAGUGGCAAUGGAGGGAGGGGUCAGCAAGAAGAAAGCAUCACCUCUCUCUUUGGAGCAAUUCAUCUCUAUUACCACCCCUCUUCUUGACUUGGAAAAGGAAGCUGAGAUAUCGAGCUCAAUUGCCACAGGCGCGUCCAGGAAUUUGGAUACUGCUCAAAAGAGGGGUUCCACAAUCCUUAACUUGAAAUGUGUGGAUGUCCAGACAGGGCUUAUGGGAAAAUCUUUGAUCGAGUUCCAGUCUACAAAAGGAGAUGUUCUUCCUGCACAUAAGUUUAGUAGUCAUGAUGUUGUCGUUUUAAAACUCAACAAGGCUGAUUUAGGUUCUCCUGCUCUUGGACAAGGCGUAGUUUACAGGUUAAAGGACUCAUCAAUAACUGUUGCUUUCGAUGAUAUACCAGAAGAUGGUUUAAACAGUCCCCUUAGGCUGGAAAAAGUAGCAAAUGAGGUGACAUAUCGUAGGAUGAAAGAUGCAUUAAUACAAUUGAGUAAAGGAGUGCAUAAGGGUCCUGCUGCUGAUCUAAUUCCUGUCUUGUUUGGGGAGAGACCACCAACAGUGUCCAAGAAGGAUGUAUCCUUCACUCUCUUCAAUACCAAUCUUGAUCACUCUCAGAAAAAUGCGAUUUCAAAAGCCCUAUCAUCAAAGAAUGUGUUCUUGCUACAUGGACCUCCUGGAACGGGUAAAACUACAACAGUGGUGGAAAUUAUAUUACAAGAAGUGAAACGUGGAUCCAAGAUUCUUGCUUGUGCUGCUUCAAAUAUUGCUGUUGACAACAUCGUUGAGCGGCUAGUUCCACAUAGAGUCAAGCUGGUGAGAUUGGGUCAUCCUGCACGGUUAUUGCCUCAAGUACUGGACAGUGCACUGGAUGCUCAGGUACUACGAGGAGAUAAUAGUGGUCUUGCAAAUGACAUUCGGAAAGAAAUGAAGGCAUUGAAUGGAAAGCUGUUGAAAACCAAAGACAGAAAUACAAGAAGGGACAUACAGAAGGAACUUCGGACUCUAUCCAAAGAGGAGCGUAAAAGGCAGCAGCUUGCUGUAACAGACGUAAUUAAAAGUGCAGAUGUAGUACUAACUACUUUGAUUGGGUCUUUCUCUAAGAAACUAGAAAACACUUCAUUUGAUUUGGUGAUUAUUGAUGAAGCUGCUCAAGCACUUGAGAUAGCAUGCUGGAUACCUCUGCUGAAGGGUUCGAGAUGUAUACUUGCAGGGGACCAUCUUCAACUUCCUCCAACCAUUCAAAGUGUUGAAGCUGAGAAGAAAGGCUUAGGAAGAACCCUAUUUGAACGACUUGCAGAAAUGUAUGGAGAUGAAGUCACAUGUAUGCUUACUGUCCAGUACCGUAUGCAUGAACUUAUCAUGGAUUGGUCUUCUAAAGAGCUUUACAACAAUAAGAUCAAGGCUCAUCCAAGUGUUGCUGGACACAUGCUAUAUGAUAUUGAGGAUGUGAAGAGGACGUCUUCAACUGAACCAACCCUUCUUCUUAUAGACAUAGCUGGAUGUGAUAUGGAAGAAAAGAAAGAUGAAGAAGAGAGCACUCUUAAUGAAGGGGAAGCUGAGGUUGCUAUGGCUCAUGCAAAGAGACUAGUGCAAAGUGGGGUGCUUCCUUCUGAUAUUGGAAUUAUUACCCCAUAUGCAGCCCAGGUUGUUUUACUCAAGAUGUUGAAAAACAAGGAUAACCGGAUGAAGGAUGUGGAAAUCUCAACAGUUGAUGGCUUUCAGGGAAGGGAGAAGGAGGCCAUUAUUAUAUCAAUGGUUCGAUCAAACUCAAAAAAAGAGGUGGGCUUUCUGAGUGAUCGCCGGAGAAUGAAUGUGGCUGUGACAAGGGCAAGAAGGCAAUGCUGUCUUGUCUGUGACACUGAGACAGUCAGUAGUGAUGGGUUUCUAAAGCGAUUGAUUGAGUAUUUUGAAGAGCAUGCAGAGUAUCUGAGUGCAUCUGAGUACCAGAAUGAGUAGGCCAAAUUCCCAAGGUUAAUAUUGCUAUUGUUGCUCCCCGGAUGAUCAAUUUGUUGAUUUUUGUGAUAUGGCUAGCUGAUCUGUGAAGGUUUCUCAAUCUUUCAUGUACUAUUUGGAAUUGAAGGAAUUUGUUGGUUUAUGUGAAACCAUUUUAUUUAGAAGAAAAAAAAUUCUUCAUAUCUAGUAAUACCACUAUUAUUUUUGAAUCAUCUGGAAGUAGAAUUUUUACUUUUACUUCCUGACUUCCUGUGCUAUCCUUGUUAUGUAUCUUUUUGAUAUUUAAUAUGUUGCCUAUACC